AUGCAUCAUAUUGUUCCUGAUGAUCAUUUUGAAGCGGAUCAAGAAGAUUACUUAUUUCAAGACUUGCCUAAGAAAUCAACAAUGGGAGGAAAUGAAGAUGUUAUGGAGCUAUUAUGGCAUAAUGGUCAAGUAGUGAUCCAAAACCAAAGAUCACCAUCAAAUGUUGCAACUAAGAAGACCGAAACAAUUACUGGACCGUCUCAUGUUUUUAUGCAAGAAGAUGAAAUGGCAUCUUGGCUUCAUUACCCUAGUGAUGAAAAUUCGUUGGAGAAUUAUUUAUACAAUAACGAUCUUUUGUAUCCUACGCCACCUGUCAAUCCGAUACCGUUACUGUCACCACCACCACCCUCAAAGAUAAUUGCAUCUUCUGAUUCGCCUGUUUACAAGCGGUCAGAAGUGGAAUUGGGACAACCAAAAUAUACAAACUUUUUACAUUUUGGCAGACCUAAUAAAAUUACCAGGACCAGAAGUGGUCCUGGAUCACUAACUCUGCCAGCUAAUAAUAGUAAGAUAACGCCGACUUUGGCUAUCAAUGGUGUCGCGUCUAACACGGUACCAGUGCUAGAGUCUAAAGCUUCACGUGUGUCAGAUAAAGAAACAUAUGUUUCUGUCGAAUGUGGUGGAAGUGUGAGUGUUAUUGGCGUAGCAGGUGCGUCAUCAACAGGAAAGGAGAUGGUAACACGUGAGAUGAGCGUGACAUCGUCUCAUGGUACCGGUUGCUCGGGAGAAAACGCAGGUAUCGAACCGUCGACUCAGAAGCCACCGCCACCGACACCGACUGAUGACCAAAAACGCAAAAGACAAGGCACCGAUGACAAUGAAUGUCAUUGUGAGGACGUCGAGUUUGAGGCAAAGUGCAAAUCGCAUGGUGGAUCAACCUCUACAAGAAGGUCUCGUGCUGCGGAGGUUCACAAUCUAUCAGAAAGGAGACGCCGAGAUAAGAUUAAUGAAAAAAUGAAGGCAUUGCAAGAACUAAUACCUCGCUGUAAUAAGUCUGACAAAGCUUCAAUGUUGGAUGAGGCAAUCGAGUACUUGAAAUCGCUUCAAAUGCAAGUUCAGAUGAUAUCAAUGGGAUGCAGCAUGGUUCCUAUGAUGUACCCAGGUGUGCCAAUGGCUAUGGGAAUGGGAAUAGGUAUGGGUAUGGGCAUGGAUAUGGGGAUUAACCGACCCAUAGUUCCUUAUCCCGCCAUUCUACCAGCCUCAUCAAUGCCCAAUCCAGCUGCAGUAGCAGCAGCUCAUGUUGGUCAACAUUUUCCAGUUCCAGGAUAUAGCAUUUCCCCAAUGCCUGUUGCGGGUCCUGCAGUAAGUCAAGCAGCUAAUGUUGCGGCUCCAAUCAUGAGUUCAUUUCCUCCACAUAGUCAAAACCAACCACGAGUUCCCAAUUUCACGGAUCCUUUUCAACAAUACCAUGCUGUUCAGCAGACACAAGAACAACUUCCUCAGUGUCAAGGAAUAGGAGGCAUGCCUCCGAUUGCAAUUAAGCCAAGCAUCAUCAGCAGCAAAGAUGCUACCAACCUUGAUCAUCACCAAACCGAUAAGCCAAGUCCCUGGAUCUUCAUUAUUACAGGGAGGAUGUUUAACAAACCAGGCUUUUCAGCCCCCACUAAUUUUGUAGCGUAAGAGGGACAUGAGACUCCAAAUUUUGUCAAAUGUCAACAAACCGGCUUUGCUUCACUUGUAACAUGUAUAGGCAGAUAAAUUAGUAUUCUUUGAUUUUAUUUGCUCUCUCAUUUUACAAGAUAUGUAUCACUACUAGGCAACAAUCUUCAAAUAGAUUACUUAUACCCGUUGUAUAGAGUAGACGAGUAGUAGUAGUAUACGUGCUGGAUUGACAUUCGUUUUUUAC